GGCAACAUUCCCUCUGCCGCCCGCCUUCUCCUGUUUGACUGUAGCAUCGACACGCUGAUUCAUCGUCUCUGUCUCCUUACUUUUCUCUAAAGGAUUUUAUUGAUACCUGUCCUCCAGGACCCAGUUUUCCAUUUUAACGACAAGCUUCCAGAAGCCAUGAGUGCAUGCAGCAGGAAGGCUUUGACUUUGCUCAGCAGUGUCUUUGCAAUCAGCGGCCUGGGGUUGCUGGGGGUGGCGGUGAGCACCGAUUACUGGCUCUACCUGGAGGAGGGCGUCAUCAUGCCUCUGAACCAGACAGCUGAUAUCAAGACUUCACUGCACUCAGGACUCUGGAGAGUUUGCUUUCUGGCUGGUGAGGAGUUGGGCCGCUGCUUCACCAUUGAGUACAUGAUGCCUACGAGCCUCCAGCUGACGUCAGAGUCCACAGGAAAUGUGCUCAAGAUGAUCCGCUCAGCGACUCCUUUUCCUCUAGUCAGCCUCCUCUUUAUGUUCAUCGGUUUCGUUCUCAACAACAUUGGACACGUCCGUCCUCACCGCACCAUCCUGGCGUUUGUCUCAGGAAUCUUCUUCAUUCUUUCUGGGCUGGCUCUGGUGGUGGGUCUUGUACUGUACAUCUCCAGUAUAAACGAUGAGAUGCUCAACAGAACAAAGAGCAGUGAGGCCUUUUUCUCCUAUAAGUAUGGCUGGUCUUUCGCCUUCGCUGCCCUCUCUUUCCUGCUCACUGAGAGUGCAGGAGUCAUGUCAGUCUACCUGUUUAUGAAGCGCUACACAGCAGAGGAGAUCUAUCAGGCUCGCCAUCCAAAUUUCUACCGACCCAGGCACAGUAACUGCUCUGACCACUCUGGUCAGUUCCUCCACCCUGAGUCCUGGUCACGUGGACGGAGCCCCUCAGAUAUCUCGAGCGAUGCUUCAUUUCAAAUGAGCAUCAACUACCCUGCUCUCCUCAAAUGUCCUGACUAUGACCAGGUGUCAUCCUCACCCUGCUGAGUCUCCAGAGGCCUAUUGAAGGCCACCAUAAAAUCUUCUAGAGUCAAAUUGCUGAGUCAACAAAGAGUUUAAUUUCUGGUAACAA